AUGGCGCUCACGGCGGCGUGGUUCGAGGCGGAGGAUGCCGCGCUGCGGAGCUUCGGGGAGAUCUGGCGCACCCGGCUGCGGGAGAUGCAGGAGCAGGAGAUGGACGAGUUCCUGAGAGUCAAGGAGCACGACCCAGGGGUCCCAGAAGCGCAAGCCGAGCCAACUUUUGCGCCAGCAAAAGACUCAGCGGAAGCCAAUCCGGCGGGGACGGAGGCGCCAGCGCAGGUGGAAGAGGCGACGCGUGAAGCGGUGCCUGCGAAGGAAGAAGAGGUCAGCCAGGAAGAUGGGAGGCUAGCAGAGGCCACCACACAGGUGCAGGCAAAGGAAGAGGAGGAGUCGAAGCCAGAAGAAGCAAAGAAGGAGGAGUCGAGGCCGGAAGAGGCAACACAGGAUGAGAAGCCGGAUGCGAAGACGGAUGAGGGCCAGCAGCCAGAGGCUAAGGAGGAGGUGAAGCCGGAAGAGGCCCAGCCAGAGGUGAAGCCGGCGGAGCCAACUGAGGAGUCAAAACCUGAGGUGAAGGAGGAGGCACAGGAAAAGCAGCCCAUGGACCCUGAGGCCGUGCGGGCGGCAGCGCAGAAGGCCGCGGAUGUGCUGAGCAAGCUGCUCACCAAACCUUUGGAGUACGAGGUGCGGGAGCGCCACCCGCUGCAUGCCGUGCCCGAUGCCGCCUCCAAGGAGGUGGCAACUUUGUCGCCGGGUGAGCGGCUUAGCGGCUACCCUGGGGGCGGCUGGCUCCGGCUGCAGAAUGGCAGGGGCUGGGCCCACAUUGGCCGCAACCUGGCGCUUUGCUGCCUGCAGCCCACCGUGCGCGCCAGGUAUCUGGAGGCGUUGGACGUGUGCUGGCCCGGCUUUGGCAAGACCUUGCAGCCCAACGUCAAGGUGGUGUACAUCGUGGAAUGGCGCUGUCGCCAGACCGGCGCCGCCGGCCAUGCAGUGUGUCACAAGGUGCAAGAGGUGGUGUCGGAUCUGCCCCAGGGCCGCAGCUUGGAACUGCACGUGGCGGUGCGGCUGCGGGCGCCGCUGGCGGUGGGGGUGGACUCCCCGCCGGAGGUGCGCUUUGGGGGGCCUUGGCUGGAGGUGCAGACGCUGAACCCGGACCAAGGUGAGGACGAUGAGGACGCGGAGGGGUGCAUGGACCCCUUCGGCACGGCCCGCGGGGGGUGUCUGGACUGUCACUGCUACGGCUUCUUCUGGCGCCCGGGCCUGGAGGAAAAGGAGGAGUCCGACCAGGAGACCACGCAGGUGGGCAUGAACGCAGACCCGAACAGCAUCAAGUGCAUCCGCUGUGGCGACCCCUUCGGAAGCCACACGCGAGCUGGCACUGCAGCGGCAGACAAGCUGCUGGAGAGCCGUCCGGCGAGGACGUUUAUCGUCUCGUACCAGCGCGUCUUCGUGCGUGCCAAGCGCAGCACCAAAGGCGACGCCCUGGGGGCCUUGCGCCAGGGCACGGAGGUCUCCGGGUGCUGCGAGGGCCGGUGGCUGCGGCUCACGCGCGACACGGCGCGCGAGGUGAACGUCAUGCCCAAGUCCGACACACGGGCGGCCAAGAGCAAAUUCGUAGAUGCUUGGGUGCUGAUGGAUGGCACACAUUUGGGCCUCGCGACUCUGCUGGUGCCUGAGGAGUUGGCGUCCCCGGAGCUCCGGGAGCAGUUGCAGAAAGAGGAGGAGGCCAAGCAGCGCAAGGCCAAGGAAGCCGCCAGGAAGGCGGAGGAGAAGAGGAAGCCCAAGGCUAAGGCCAAGGCGGGCGGAUCGACCGCUGAGCCGGACAGCGAGGACGAGCUCGGCGCGGUGCGAAUUGAUCCUUUGCAAGGGCUUAUGGAGGCGAUCUACACCAAGCCGGCGGACUUCCUGGUGCUGAAGGGCCAGCUUCCGGUGCACCGGCGGCCCUCCACGAGCUCCCGCACGGUGGCGCAGCUGAAGCGGGGCCAGAUGGUGAGCGGCUGGCUCCAGGAGAAGUGGCUGCUCCUGGCGGAGGGCGCGAAGACGCCCACGAGCUCCAAGGGCGGCUGGGUGCUGGUGGACGCCUCCUCUCUGAACCUCGGGGAACAGCUGCAGCCGCAGCACCCGGUGCCCAAGGAGAUCCGGGCGUUUUCCUAUGCAGUGGUGCUUGACUGGGAGAAGUUCCCUGCCAAGCACGUGGAGUACCAGGUGGAGUGGGCGGAGGAGGCGGAGAAGGAGAAGAUCACCAUCGUCACUGCACGGGAGACCAUGUGCAUGGCGCGGGUGCACGAGCUACCCUCCGAGACGCUGCUGCGGUUCCGCAUCACCGCCAAGGUCUUCACUGCACCUCCGGACCGAGGGGGCGAGCUCUUUGCGGAGUGCCAGGGGCCCUGGGAGGAGGCGGAGACUGGCGCAACCAUCGAGAAGCUCGAGGAGGGCAAUUUGUGCGUGGAUCCUUUGGCGAACCUCCGGGGCCGCUGCAUGGACUGCUCUUGCCACGGCUUCGUGCUGGCGGAGUAUGGUGAGCGGCCCCGCACCGGUGACACCCUGGAGGAGGUGAGCUGUCGCCGCUGCAGCUGCUCCUGCGUGCGGCACUUCAUCGUUGGGGAGUUCCACUACCGCAACCCCGGCGCCAAGAAGAAGCCGGAGCCGGCCUCCAAACCGCCGCCGGGAGCGGCGCCGAGUCAGCCGGCGCUGCCGGCGCCGGAGCCGCGGCCCACCACGUGGAAAGUGGAGGACGGCGAAGGGAUCCAAUUCGUGCUGGACAAGGUGGGCGAGGCCUUGAACCUCUACGAGACCUUGGGGGUCCCUGGGAACUCCGAGAAGGCCCAGAUCCGCGCAGCCUACCGCCAGGUGUCGCUCAGCAUUCACCCGGACAAGGUCGGGCAUCUCAACGACCCGGACCUACGGCAGCAGGCGGAGAAUGCGUUUAAGGUGGUGUCCUCCGCCUACGAGAUCUUGAGCGACGACCCCAAGCGCGCGGAGUACGACCGCAAGCUGCGGCUGACUGGGGCCACCUUCGGGUCUCGAGGGGGCGGACGGUUUAACCUCACCUCCAUCGCCUUCCUGAAGAAGUUUCUCAGCAAGGAGCGCGGCGGUUUUGGCUGGGACCUGUCGGCCAAGCCUCCAGGGGACUGGGAAGAGCAGGCAAGGGGCUCCGCUUUUCGAUCAGCCCCUCGCGCCGAUCUCGCGGGGGAUCUCGCGGGCUUCGGGUGGCCACCGCAGGCUCCAGGAAGCAAAAGGAUCGCCAUGGCAGAUGUUCAUAUGCUGAGCGGCGGGGAGCUGAUGAGCAAGGAUGCGUUCGUCAGCUGGUGGCAGCAGCACAGCCAUAUGAGAGACACCGGAGCCAGCUUCUUCGACGCGCUGCGGCACCAUUUGGCAAAAACGUCGCGCCCUGCGGUGAACUUCCGGCGCUUGGCGCUGGCGGGCAAGGAGCAAGCCUUGGACGGGCGGAGCCCCUGGAACGAUGCUGAGCCCCUGGCGGUGGUCGUGCGACCCUAUGUCGGGGACGCAUCGGAGCUGGCGCAGGCAGCCAGGGCGGGGGACGUGGAGCAGACGGUGAGGCUGCUUGAUGUGCCCAUGAAUCCAAAUGGCGAAGGCCUGAGUCAAGCCAGGCCACUCUGCGAAGCUGCCGCUGGAGGUCAUUUGGAUGUGGUGCUUUGCUUGCUGGAGUCGCUUGCUGAAGCAACGUGUCCGACCCUUGAAGGUCACAUACCCCUGUGUGUGGCUGCUUCCGGAGGCCACUUGGAGGUGGUCCGUUGCUUGUUGGAGGCUGGGGCUGGCAAGGACGCGAGCACGGGGACUUAUGGUCAGACGCCUCUGCAUCAUGCCGCCCAAGACGGGCACGAAGACGUGGUCCGCUUCUUGCUAGCAGCCGGCGCUGAUAGGGACAGAGCUGACAGCGAAGGCCGCACUCCGCUACAUUACGCUGCCAAGAUGGGCGAGUGCUCUGUGGUGCGUUGUUUGCUGGCAGCUGGCGCUGACCGGGGCAAGGUGGACCACAUGGGCCGAACGCCCCUGCACCAUGCUGCCAAGCACGGACAUCGCGAAGGCCAUCCGGAGGUGGUGCGUCAGUUGCUGGCUGCUGGCUUGGACAAAGAUAAGGCGGACAACACUGGGAGCACACCCUUGCACCAUGCCGCUAAAGAGUGGCAUUACAUCAUGGUGCGCUGCUUUCUGGAUGCGGGUGCUGACAAGGACAAGGCGGACAACGAAGGUCGCACGCCCUUACACCAUGCUGCUGCAGAGGGGCACUGGCAUGAGCGAAGAAUCGUCCGCUGCCUGUUGGAUGCUGGCACGAAUCAGGACAAGGCCGACAACGAAGGACGCACUCCUUUGCACCAUGCUGCGAAGGAGGGCCAUGAGCGGAUCAUCCGUCGGCUGCUGGACGCGGGCGCGGACAAGGACAAGGAGGACAAGGAGGGCCGCACGCCCCUGCACUACGCGGCCAAAGAGGGCCACGAGAGGAUCGUGAGCUGUUUGCUGGACGCUGGUGCCAGACAAGUUGCAGACAACCAAGGUCUUACGCCUUUGCGACUCGCUGAGUCCUUGCAGCACAAGUACGUUGUGUGGACCUUCACGAGCAGAGAACAUGGAUGA